UCGAACCCUUUCAAAAAACCACGAAGAAAACAUAGUAUGGGUGUUACGUGCUAGUGUUGUACAAAGAAAAGAGAGACGGUGAAAGCUAUGGCUCAAGCGAGCAAAAUCAGCAGUGGAGCCCAAAAUACCUACACGGUACCUAAUCUUUCGAAACCCCAGAACCCCAAUUCUUUAUCUUCGAUUUCCUUCAGACCACAGCUCAUUAAAGGGUCUUCUUUGAGGUUAAAGCAAAGUAAAAAAACGGGUGAUUGCAGACUGAAGGCUGGACCUUUAAAGGCUCUAGCUUCAGUUGCUACAUCAGAUAAGCCAUCAAUUUUAACUGUUACUUUGCCGGGUUCUAAGUCUCUGUCUAAUCGGAUUCUCCUCCUUGCUGUUCUCUCUGAGGGAACGACUGUUGUUGACAAUUUGUUGAAUAGUGAUGAUGUUCAUUACAUGCUUGGUGCACUCGGAACACUUGGACUACGUUUGGAAGAGAAACAACUCAAACAAGUGAUCGUAGAAGGUUGUGGUGGUCAGUCAGUGGGAAAAGAAUCAAAGAUUGAUGUUGAACUUUUCCUUGGAAAUGCUGGAACAGCAAUGCGGCCAUUGACAGCUGCAGGUGGAAAUUUGAGCUACAUACUUGAUGGGGUGUCACGAAUGAGAGAGAGACCAAUUGGUGAUUUGGUUAUUGGUCUUCAGCAGCUUGGUGCAGAUGUUUCUUGUUCUCCUACAAACUGCCCCCCUGUUCGUGUAAAUGCAAAUGGAGGCCUUCCAGGGGGGAAGGUUAAACUCUCUGGAUCGAAAAGUAGUUAAUGCUUGACUGCUUUGCUCAUGGCAGCUCCUUUAGUCCUUGGAGAUGUGGAAAUUGAGAUAAUUGACAAGUUGAUUUCUGUUCCUUAUGUUUAGAUGACUUUAAAGUUGAUGGAGCGCCAUGGAGUUUUUAUAGAACAUAGUGAUAGCUGGGAUCAUUUCUUCAUUCGAGGUCAAAAAUACAAGUCUCCUGGAAACUCUUUUUUUGAGUGUGAUGCUUCAAGUGCCAGUUACUUCCUAGCCGGCACAGCAAUCACUGGUGGGAUCAUCACUGUUGAAGGUUGUGGAACAGACAGUUUGCAGGGAGAUGUAAAGUUUGCAGAGGUUCUUGAGAAAAUGGGAGCUAAAGUUACCCAGACCAAGAACAGUGUUACUGUCACUGGACUGCCACGAGAUUCUUCUGGUUGGAAACACUUGCGUGCUGUUGAUGUAAAUGUGAACAAAAUGCCAGAUGUUGCUAUGACUCUGGCUGUUGUUGCGCUUUUUGCCGAUGGCCCUACUUCCAUAAGAGAUGUGGCAAGUUGGGGAGUGAAAGAAAUGGAACGGAUGAUUGCUAUUUGCACGGAACUCGGGAAGUUGGGAGCAACAGUUGAGGAAGGACCAGAUUAUUGUGUGAUUACUCCACCUGAGAAACUAAAUGUAACAGAGAUUGACACUUACGAAGAUCGCAGGAUGGCAAUGGCAUUCUCUCUUGCUGCCUGUGGAGAAGUCCCAGUCACCAUCAAGGACCCUGGUUGCACGCGACAAACUUUCCCAGACUACUUUGAAGUCCUUGAGAGGUACACGAAGCAUUGAGUUGCACUUAAAUCAUUCACCAUGUAUACAAGAGAGAUAGGAGGCUAUCCAUUACCAUUAGCAACCAUUGUAAUCUGAAAUCAACCCCCCUUUUUUUUCAUGUAUCACGCUGUAAUAUUUUAUUAUAAUUAUGCAAGGUAAACAAAGCAUUGAGUUGCACUUAAACCACUCACGGCUGAUGUUGUUAUUGUGCUGGAGAAUGGUCAUC